CAAAUUUUAAUUGUUUGUUACUUGUUAUAGAAUCUCUUCUGGAAAAACGUUUGCUAUUGAAUUAACUAACAUAAAUUUAAAUAAAAUUUAACAAUGUCCCGCUCAACUACUAGAUUCGAUGUUAAAAAAGUGAAUUCAGAGUUAGUGACAUUAACUUACGGUGCUCUCGUUGCCCAAAUGAUUAAAGACUUGGACAAUGUCGAUGAUGUCUCAAAGCAGCUUGAAAGAUUAGGUUAUAACAUGGGCAUAAGACUUAUUGAAGAUUUCCUGGCAAAGACUGGUACUGGAAGAUGUUUGGAUUUAAAAGAUACUGCUGAUAAAAUUCAGAGUGCUUUUAAAAUGUAUCUGGGAAUACAACCUAAUGUAACCAAUUGGAGUCCUUCUGGUGAUGAAUUUUCUUUUAUGCUUGAUUCUAAUCCUCUGACCGAAUUAGUAGAGCUUCCUGAUGAUUUAAAAUCAUUAAAGUAUUGUAAUUUGCUUUGUGGAGCUAUUCGAGGUGCCCUUGAAAUGGUACAGUUAGAUGUUCAGAGUUGGAUUGUGCAGGACCAGUUGAAAGGUGACCAAAACACAGAAAUAAGAGUAAAAUUCAUCAGAAGAUUAGAGGAUGCUAUGCCUGCUGGGGAAGAUUGAUCCAUUAUACAAUUGUUUAUUUAUUUAAUGUAUAUGUCGUAUACAUUUAAUAAAUAAAACUUGAUAUUGUAAGAUAUACAAUUUGUAUAAUUCCAUUUUUAUAUUAUUUUGAGAAUUAUUUAUAAAUUUAGUUUAUAUUGUUUGAAAUGGAUAUGUUUAUUAGAAAAUAAAAAAAGAAAACUAAGA